AUGUGGCGCGAGCCUGGUGAGGGCGACAAUCCGAAGAAAACUCUCGACAAAGACUCUACCGCUGCUGCACGAUCCACGAUCCGUCGUCAACCAACUAUUCGCCGCUCAUCACGCAAUCGGUUCCGCGCGCGCGGUGGUGGUCGCUUCUUGUCCCCUGCCGAGGCCUCACUCUCUCUGGACUCCCACAUCAUCGAAGACAUUUUGGGCACUUACGACCAAUCCCGCCGUCUUCCACACGCUGCGCGGACUCCGGUCCUGAACGUGGGCGUUAGCGAAGACGGCUUGGAUCUGGACGCGAGUCGGCGCGACGCCACGAGCCGUGACUCUACGCGUGCGGAUGCGCAUCGUCGCGAGUCCUCGAGCCGGCGCUCUCGCACCACCCGUGAUCAGGCCUUGACUGAUUUCCUUGGCCCGAUCCGUUCUGAGCAACGACCUCAGUCUGCCGGGCGUCCUUCGAAUUCCUCUCUCACUCCUUUCUUCGCUCCCGCCAUCUACCACACCCUCAACUCCACCCUCCCACCGGCGGAUCAACAACUUGCCAAUCUUAAUGUUGUGUUUGGUCCCCCUCACCAAGAGUCUACUGUGGACGGCCUUGGUGAUCGUCAGCGCAGCCCGAGCCCGGAUGGCGACCGUCACGAUGCGUGGGAAACUUUGCUUUCCACUAUUACUCCUGAUACCAAUCUCCCUUCUACCGAUACCUCCUUCUCGUCGAACGCUGCUCCUUCAGGCGACGCCGCACGAAACGAACCAUCCCGUAACGCCACUACUUCUCUCCGCAGCCACACACUUCCUCACUUCUUGGGUCCUGGUCGCUCGAUCCAAGUGCCGCUCGAUCCGUACCCAGAUCACCUGAACCCCUGUGAUUUUGACUCGGACGAGGAGGAUACGCCUGUGAACUACCACGGGCACCUUCGCCGCAUGCCCCCAAUGCCACCCAUUCGCCGUUCGUCCGGCCUUCACUCGACCAUGAGCAACCACCCUCCCGUUCCCAAUUUCUCAUUUUCUCUCUCGGAUGCCAUCGUGCACCGGAUGGGUCGUCACGAAGAUAUUCCUCCGGAGUGGUGGGCUGGAGCUGGCCUUUCGCGCAACAUGGGCCGCGGUCUCAGUGGCGGUACUGAGGCCAACCAGAACGACCGUGCCGAGUGA